GAAAGAGAAAAAAACAAAGACACUAUCAGUUAUCACUACUCUUCUAUCAAUAAAACCGCAAUGGUAGACGUGGACCGGAGGAUGACCGGUCUAAACCCGGCCCACAUAGCCGGUUUACGCCGUUUAUCGGCCCGAGCAGCAGCAGCUCCGUCCGUCCCGGUCCGUAACGGCGUCGUCUCAUUCGCUUCCUUAGCAGACAAGGUCAUAAACCACCUUCGCGACUCAGGCAUACACGUGCAGCAUGGUCUCUCCGACGCGGAGUUCGCACGUGCCGAGGCUGAGUUCGGGUUCGUGUUCCCGCCGGACCUCCGCGCCGUCCUCGCCGCCGGUCUUCCCGUCGGUCCGGGAUUCCCUGACUGGCGCUCCGGCGGCGCGCGGCUGCACCUGCGCGCGUCGCUGGACCUUCCGAUCGCGGCGAUUUCGUUCCAGAUCGCGCGGAACGCGGUGUGGUCGAAGUCGUGGGGUCCGCGACCGUGCGAGCCGGAGAAGGCGCUGCGAGUGGCGCGGAACGCGCUGAAGAGAGCGCCGCUGCUGAUUCCAAUCUUCAACCAUUGCUACAUUCCUUCCAAUCCCUCACUCGCUGGAAACCCUAUCUUCUUCGUCGACGAGAGCAGAAUCUUCUGCUGCGGCUUAGAUCUCUCCGAUUUCUUCGACCGCGAGUCGCUCUUCCGUAGUUCCGAAGCCGAUCCUAUACUUCUCAAGAAGCAGCGAUCCGUCAGCGAGAAAACCGCCGGCGUUUCCGUCUCCGCCGCGUUCUCGCGGCGGAGCCUCGACUCCGGCGAGAGGACGCCGCGGUGGGUGGAGUUCUGGUCCGACGCCGCCACGGAUAAGCGGAGGAGGAACUCCUCAUCGUCGUCGUCGUCGUCGUUGUCGGCGUCGUCGUCGCCGGAGAGGUUUUUCGAGAUGCCGCGGAGUAAGGUCCCUGGCUGGGUGGAAGAAUACAUAGGGAAAAUAGGGUCGGUUUUGAAAGCGGGUGGGUGGGGCGAAUCGGAUAUAAACGAAAUGGUUGAGGUUUCAGCUUCUGGAUUCUUCGAGGGAGAGAUGGUGGUGUUGGAUAAUCAAGCGCUGUUGGAUGCUCUGCUUUUGAAAGCGGAUAAGUUUUCAGAUUCGCUCAGAAAAGCUGGGUGGAGCUCCGAAGAGGUAUCCGAAGCUUUGGGGUUUGAUUUUCGACCCGAGAAGGAACGGAAACCGGCUAAGAAGCUGUCACCUCAACUCGCCGAGAGAAUCGAGAAACUGGCUCAGUCGGUUUCCCGGUCAAGACAUGAUAACUUGGGAAAAGGAAACUGGAUGAAUGAAUGAAAGAAUUUACCUACACUUAAUUUAUUUUGAAGGUCUUGCUUUUCCCUCUUUUGGGUUUUAAACGAUGAGGAAUUGGGGAAACAAAGUGCACAAAAUAGAUCAAAGAGGUUUAAAAUUACUUCAUGUUGAUGAUAAUAAAAUGAUGAACCGUUAAGAAGUCGUGUACAGUAAAAUGAAUAAUAUCCCAGCCAGCCAAAGGUUGCAUUUAUGAUUUUCUUUUCUUUACUAAGCUAGCUGGUUAUGUUAUGUUAUGGCUCAUGGUUCUAAAUGGCCACCACGGGUGCACGUGUGACCUCACUCACUUGUACGUGUUUUGAAUAGUUUUAAUUGAGAGGUGUGAGACAGUGCAGCAUGGCAUCGUAGCCAUCCAAUGCCAGGAAAGCAAAGGCUGGUGGCGUCGUUUUACUCUCAUUGCUUGAGGCGGUGUCGUUUUAUUUAGCACAGCGUGCGUAACUAGGGUAGGAAAGGAAUGAAAAUGAAAGUCUCACGUAUGUAUGUAUGUAUGAUAGGAUUACUACUAUUUAGGAGCACUGAGUGUGUGUGUGUGCGAGAAAGCCCAAAGGUCUCAUCUUUUCAGUAUAAUUUGAAUUUCAGUGUCGUUUGGCUUCUUUUUA